ACCUUAGAAUCAGUUGAACGCUACGUUGUUAACUUGACAUGUUGAUAUAUUCAUACAUGUAUAACGUUACCUGUUCGUAACUCCUUAUAUAUCCACUUACAAGUAUGUAUGUAUAGAUGAAGAAGGCAUCAUGAAAGUCGCUGCACUUUUGUUGUGUCAAUGAAUAAAGAAUACAUUAAAGAUAACUAUGCAUUGAUGCAGCUCUUUAUUUUACACAAAAGACUACCUUGCUUGUAAGUUGCAUGUAUAUUUUCUUCGUGUUUUGAAAUGUAGAUGACCUCUGGCGGUUAGAGUUUGUACUGCAAACCAAACAGGUGGUUGUAGCCAAAGUUUCGGCAAACUUCGUCCGCAGGUAACCCUCAUACGGAAGUGAAACAUGGCGUGGCUGUCCUGCCUAACCAUACUUGUCUUAUCGUCCGUUGUGAAAUGCCAGGAGUGGGACCCAACUGCGCCCCCUGUCGGCCACUUCACAGUAUCUGACGCUCAGAACAACACCUGCCUCCUCAUGACUGUCGGCAUGACGUUCCACGUGCCGUAUGUAAAGAACGACAGCAACAACACUGAGGCAGUUGCCAGUUACCCCCUACCAGCCAACGCUGACGUCACGGGUACAUGUAAGGACACCGCAGCGUCCAUCACGUUAUCCUGGGGAGACGGCUUCAACGUCACCGUCAAGUUUGAACGUAACGACACGGUGUUCUACGCCUCAGAGAUCAUCACCGGUUAUGUGCUGAACCAUGACAUAUUUCCGGACUGCAAUGACGAUGGAGAGACGAGAGUCCAGAGCGGCCCUCCUCACGACAUCCACGCCAUGCCCGGCCGGUCCUACCUGUGCGACGUCGCCGUAAACGUAACCGUGGGGAACGUUUCUGUAACGUUCUCAGACCUACAGGUGCAACCCUUCCUGGUCAAGGGAGGCAAUUUUAGUAAAGUGGAGGAGUGUGCGGCGGACAUGUCCACCACCACACCCAGCGCUCACACCAUUCCCGUAAAAACGACCGCGCACCCCGGCCCCAUUCCCGUGCCGAAACCCACCCAGAACAACUACACCCUGACGGACAGCAGGGGUAAUGUGUGCUUCAUGGCGCUCAUGGCGGCUCAGAUACAAGUCAACUAUACCAGGACAACUGGCAAGACCGCUCUAGCCGUUUGGAACGUACCAAAGAACACUGCGGCGAGUGGGACAUGUGGGAACGACACAGCGUCCCUACAGCUGAUGUUGGAUGGAGGACUGACCAACCUCACCAUCGUCUUCGUGUCUACGAAAGGCCUAGACGACCUUGCGGGCGUUGACACAGACAGCGGUUUUAAGGCGUCUGAGAUGAUUUUGGAAUACAUGGAAACCGAGGCUCGCUUCCCUGACAGUGUCAAUAACGGAACGAGCCAAACCGUCGAGAGGAAAAACCUGACGGCAUUCCCCGGCUCUACGGGAAUGUCGUACAAGUGUAACUCCCGACAAGCCGUGGAGCUGAACGAUGACGUCACACUCAGGUUUGAAGAAGUCCAACUUCAGCCGUUUCAGGUGAAGGGCGGCCAUUUUGACCCUGUCGAGGAGUGUGCGGCAGACAAGCAGACCACCCCAGAGCCUACCAACACCACAACACUCAUGACUACCAUGGCAACCGUUCCCACGCCACGCCCAGUUCAUGACCCCAGCAUUUUGAACUUCACGCUCACGGACGAUGACGACAAAAUCUGCUUCAUGGCGCUCAUGGGUCUGCAGAUAGAGGUCAAUUACACCACACAGCACAAGGAGAAAGCUACGGCCCGUUGGAAUGUACCCAAGGGCAAGAGCGUCAAUGUCACUGGAGAGUGUUCCAACACCACAACUACCUUGACCUUGAUCUUCGACGGCGGACUCUCUGUCGUGACAAUGACCUUCAAGAACCAGAGUGGGAAGGGCGGUACGGUGAACAAGUUCAUGGUUUCUGACAUCAACUUUCGUUACGUGAAGGACAAGGCUCACUUUCCUGAUGUCCAACCUGCAGAACUAGAUGUACCUGUUAACGUCUCGAAACACAACUUGACGGUCUUCAAGGGGGAACUGGGAUUCUCCUACCGGUGCAACGUCGGCGCAAACAUCACUCUGAACCAAAACGUCACUUUGAGAGCCAUCAACGUCCACGUGGAACCGUUCGGGCUGAAAAACAGCAAGUUUGAUCAAGCUGAAGUGUGUGAAGCUGAUAAUAAAGUCACCACCCUUCGUCCAAUCAUCGUCGGCUGCGCGAUCGCAGGGAUAGACGUGUUGAUGCUGUUGUAUUAUGGGAUAGGUCGCCGCAUGCGAAGGAACAAGGAUACUCGAUAGGAAAUUAAUAUUGCAUGGGGUUAUAAAAUCAAACCUGGUCACAGCAUCCACUCUACAUUUUCUUACGCAGAGACAUCCAACGGCACCAACAAACCGCCUCUUGUCUGUACCCUGCUAUCUCAACAGUCACCAUCAGUUGCUGAUCGCACUGCUUAUAAAUAUUAAUGAUCCCUUAUAUAUGUGAGAUCCAUUUCGAAAACUGAAAAGCCUAUUCUUUGAAUUGAUUGUCCGAAAGCUGAUUUGUGGCGAAGACAACAGGAACUGAUGGUGACGGUUGAGAUAGCAGAGUACAGACAAGAGGCGGUUUGCUGGCGUCGUUGGAUGUCUCUGCGUAGGAGAAUGCCACUCAAUGAACUGAGGAAAAGUAGUUGAGGAGUGGCUGCAACAUAUCAAAUGUGUUGCGUCCUUGGUUGGCUGGAUGCUAAAAGAAUGGAAUAUUUACAUAAUGUUGCUCAACCGCAUCUGUCUUUCCCAUGGUGAUUUCGCUAUAAAGAUUAUAGAGUACCUUCCAGGGAAUUUCGGCAUUUUUUGACGAACUCUCAAAGUCUUGCUGAAUUGACAUGACAAAUGUUGUAUAUUAUAGGGUUGUUGAAUACGUUUUUCAGAUACAUGUAUAUGAAGGUAACGUUAUAUAACUGAUGAAAUAACGAAGAGAUUAUCAAUAAAAAAAUUCAAGUUUCCGAA